CAGAUGGGGACACCCAUAUUCCACGUGUGUUUUGCAGGCAUAGGGUUCCUCUUUUUUCAGCUAGAACAGGUCACGCCUCCAAACGUGUACGCGUAAGAUGAUUGGACGGCGAGAGAAAGAGUGAAAAAGUUUACUCAGUUUGGUGAGAGUUCCAUUUUUUUUUUUGAGUAAAUGACAAUAUUUACCAAAGACGAUUAGCCGUUUUACAGUGCAGAGAAAAAUAUAAAAAUAAGUAGAAAAAUAACAACUGCAAUGUCACUUUGCAAAGAGCAAUUAGUCCAUGAAGAAAAGCAAGAAGCAGUCUUGAGUACACUGGGGGACACUGGAAGGAAGUCCAGAGCGGUCUGUGGUGUUUGUAGUCGGACGUAUCGAGACCCUAAGAUCCUGCCCUGCUUGCACACGUUCUGCGCGGACUGCAUUCGCCAGCUCGAGCCGUUUUCUGUGCGUCGCGUGAACGGGGAACGACGUUCGCCAGAAGAUGACAUGCAGGUGCGCAACUCUGGCUCAACAAUCCUGUGUCCGGAGUGCGAUUCAGAGGUGGAUCUGCCCCCGUCCGGUGUGGAUGGGCUGACCAUUGACCAUCUUGCGCUGGACGAGGUUUUCGCGGAGACCCUGCUGGUGGACUGCAGGGUUUUGUGCGACUUGUGCAGCGAAAGUGACGCGGGGAAGCGCUGUGAGGUGUGCUGUGUCAGUCUCUGCGACUUCUGCAGUCAGGCCCACAGGAGACAGAAGAGGACCACCUCUCACUCUAUCCAAAGCCUACAGGAGCUGAAAUCUCAGGGUCGUCUCACUAGACCCGUCUUGUGCUCACUGCAUCCUGGCCAGGAGUUACGACUCUUCUGUGAGUCCUGUGACUUCACAGUGUGUCUGGAGUGUGCGGCCACCUUUCACCAUGACCACCACUGUAGCUCUGCCCAUGAAGUCAUCAGUCAUCAUGGCGAUCGCAUCAGGGAUCUGGUUUUCAGGAGCUUAAGGCCCCAUCUUGCUCGUCUGGAGGACUCUCUGAGACGCGUGGACACUUCCCAAGAGGUGCUGCAAACACGGACUGAUACAUUGGCAGGUGAGAUCCGGGCAUUUGCUCGGAGCUAUGCCAGAGCGGUGGAGGCACAUUGCUGUUCACUGCUGCGAUCACUGGAGGACUUAAGGUUGCAGCGCAGGAACCAACUCCAUCUGCAGAAAGCUCAGCUGCAGCAGGCCUUGUCUGACGUCUGUGGUGGGGUGGACUUCGCAGAACGCCUGCUUACAUGUGGUUCUGACGCUGAAAUCCUCAGUGCCAAAGGAGUUACUAUGAGGAGACUGAUGAACCUUGUGGAGUCGGGAUUCGACCCACACCCAAUGACGGUCGCCCAUGAUAAUGCCAACAGCAUCUGUUUCCUUCCCCAAGAGAGUGCUGGGGAGGUGCAGGGAUUUCCUGUGGUGGGAGUCGUACAUGCCACGACUGUGGAUCCCAGCAAGUGCACAAUCCAGGGAGAAGGUGUGGAAGGAGGUCGUGAAGGCCAGAGGGGAGAGUUCACUCUGCUUUGCAGGGAUUCCUCCGGAGAGCAGAUGGGCCGAGGUGGAGACCCCGUGCUGGUCAGCAUAGUGCACAAGGAGAGGAAGGGCUGCUCUGUGGAGGCGGCUGUGGUGGAUAACGGUGAUGGUUCCUAUGGUGUGUCCUACACCCCAGCUGAAGCAGGUCUUUACUCUGUGUGGGUCUGUGUUAAAGCACAGGACGUCAAGGGUUCACCAUUUGCACUAAAUGUGAAAAGGAAGUUCAGAUGUCACCGUGGCAUGUUCCAUUGUUGUUCCUUCUGCUCCAGCGGGGGCACUAAAGAGGCACGCUGUGGCUGCACAGGAACUAUGCCAGGAGGUUUUCAGGGUUGUGGACAUGGUCAUACAGGACACCCCGGUAAGCCCCACUGGUCAUGUUGUGGGAGUGUAGUGGAGGCCUCAGAGUGUAUUCUACAUAACCUGAGCUGCGUUUCUCCUCGUGGACACCUCAGGACUGUGGAGCUCUGAGACAAACAGCAAAUAUACACUCUGUCUGAUCAACAUAACCAUAAACUCAUGCACAUACUUGAAUCUUCUCAACCAGCCUAAUUCACAAUGAAAAAUCAGAUUGUGCUUUUCAUGUUGCCCUUAUUCAUACAGACUGUCUGUAUUGUAAAAAUUGAACUAUUUUCUCUACACAUUGUAGUUAUUUUUAAACACUGUAUAAUUUUAAUGUCUGUGGCAUUUUGUAGUUCCGUAUUUUAUCAUAAUCAGUAUGUUUCCUUUGAUAUUACCCAGCUAUAUGACCAAUGAUGUAUGUGUUAUUAUAAUGCUCUAUUUUUAUAUUCUCCAAAAGCUGCCUUUGUAAUCGUAUGCAUCCAUUACAUUUCAGUUGUUUUUGUAUACGCUGUAACGGUGCCACAGAUUAAACAACACUUACCUCUCCACUUGUGUGGUAACUAAACUGGCACUUUUAAGAUUAUCAUUUUGAUUGUUAAUGUGAUAUGUUUUGCAUAGUGUAUACUGUGUAGUGUGGUCUAUAAAACAUGCAUAUAAAACAUAUUUUAA